UCUCCUCUUUCCACUUCUCCCUUCUCCUUCUCUGUCGCCGCCGCAGCCGCAGCCGCAGCUGCUUCCUCCAUAGCGCGGCCUUCUCAUCUAUCUUUCUCCACAUAGAUCUCCUUCCGUUCUAGGAGCGAAUUUAUGUUCCUUUUCUCGUCGAUCUCGCUGCUUUGCCGUCGUGGAGUUUCCGCCGCUCUCUCGCGUCUCUCGCCUUGGUAACCCCAUUGAUUGAUCCACUCCAGGCUGGAGAUCUUUGAGAUUUCGCACCAAGGAUUUGUUUAGGAGAUUUUAUUUGUUUUCUUUUCGUACGAUUUACUUGUGUCGGUGGUUCGGGCAUUACUUGGGAAAUUAGGGUUUCGGUUGUUUCUGGAAGAUGCCGAGGAGUUCGCGUCGCCGUUCGCACCGUUCGCCUAAGCGUUCGAGUGAACGUUCUGACUCCUUGGAGGGCGAGAGUCUCCGAGAGAGGAAAACCAGAGAGGAGGAGACCCUCGGGACUUGGGGACCCAGUGUUUCUAGGGAUCUGGAGGCGGAGAAACGGAGAUCCGUGCAUGAGCAUUCCGACAAAGAGAUUUUGAACAAGAGCAAUGGAGAUACCUCCAGUGAGAAAAAGCGUAAAGCGAGAGGGAACGAGGAGGUGGUGGUUGCUGAUCGGUGGAACGGCGGAAAGGAGAAUGAUGAAAAGAGGUCAAAAGGUGAGGAUUUUGGUCAGUUGGUGCUGGAUAAAAGUUCGAAGGUAAAGGCUAUUGAUUCUAAGAAUAGGUCAAGCAGAAGGUACGAUGGUGCACAUGAAAGGGAUGAGGAUCGUGGAGGGAGAAAUGACUCCAUGAAGGGGAACCCUGAGAGAGUUUCAAGUCAGAGAGAGGUUACUUAUUAUUACAAGGAUGGAAAGGAGAAGGAGAAUAACAACUAUCAGGAGGUCCAAGAUUGUAGACAUGAGAAGCCAGAGGAUUUACACAGUCGGAAACAUGGUUCUAGGGAUCUGUCAAGCACUGAAGAACUUGCAUUGAAGAAGAAUGCAAAAAUCAAUGAAAGGCAAGUUCAGGAUGUGUUACUAAGUGCCGAGAUAGAGAAGAGGCCAGAUAAACACACAAGGAGGGAUGAGAACGAAGAUAGAGAUAAAUGGUUGGAGGAUAUUAGAGACUUUGAUGAUAGAAGACUAUCUUCUAGAGAUCAUAGUCGGAACAAAAGCUAUAAAGAUGAAAGGCACGACAACACCAAGUAUAAAGGUAAAUACAGGAUUGACAAUGACAGAGAUCAGAAUCACCACGAUGAGAAGAACCAAGAUGAAUGGUCAUCCAAGGAUCGCAUCAGUGAUAAAUCCUACAAAUUCAGAGAUGAAAACAAAUUACAGGAUAGACAUAAGAAGACUAAACUACAUGCCACUGAUCAGGAUGGUACUUAUGUCGAUGUUGUUGACGACACUAAGCUCAAAGAUAGCAGGAGGAGAAGGUAUUCUGAUGAAAAAGAUGAUAUUAGUGAAUUAAAGCUGAGAGGCACAAAAGAGCAUUAUGAAGUUGAGAAAACUGCAUCAAGUGUCCAUAGGACUAGUUCCCACAAUGGUAAACCCAGAUCAGCAUAUUGUCAUACUGGGAAGAUCGAUUCAAGUCCAAAGAACAGACAGUUUAAAACCUUUACCAGCUCCAGUGCACAUCCUGAUAAUGAUCAAAACAGGGACACAUCAAAGCAUGAAGAAUCAAUUCACAGAAUUUCAGAACAUGAAGAAAGACGUUGCUCUGCAGUUUCCAAAGGAGAUGGUAUAACUUCUUCAGGACUUCGUGACAGGGAUGCUGCUCCCCGAUCAGGGAAGCUAACUAUAAAGGAUGACAUCUAUUCAGGAAGAUCAUCUAAAUUUGAAAGGCCUAGGAAAAGCCUUGAUGCUGAAAUGGUACAAAGGUCUGCUAAGUACAAAGACAGAGGAAGAGGAAAUGAUGUAUCCCAGAUUGCUGCAUCUGCUAGGGAGUCAACACCCAUUGGGUCAUCAUCUAUUUACAGAAGUGGUUAUAUUCCAGACUGUUCACCUAAUCACAUGCAUCCUCCACCACCUACAAGGGUCGGAACUGACAGCCCUUCAGUCUUGGGUCCAUAUCAAGAUGAUAAUACAGCAAAUAGUAGUGAGCGUAGGUCUUAUAAUUGUUACAACAAACAUACAAGUGAUCUUGGAAUUGGAAAUGGACAUGGAAAUACACGGAAAGGUGCCCCAAAUUGGCCUUCACCAGCUACAAAUGGUUUUCUUCCCUUGCGGCAUGGGCCACCUCCUACUGGAUUUCAUCCAACAAUGCCUCAGUUUCCACCCCCUCUUUUGUUUGGUGUUAGACCUAUGGAUUUAGCCCAUAGUAGCAUGUCGUAUCAUAUGCAUGAGAUGGCUGAGAGAUUUUCUGGUGUUAGCCGGCCAUUCAGUUGGCAUAAUUCUCUUGAUCAAUUUUGCCAACCUCCAAUGCAAAUGUGGGACAGAACCAAUGGUCUGUUGGGUAAUGAGACGCCUACCUAUGGAAGGCAAGAAUGGGAUGAGAAUGGCCAGUUAAGAGGCAGUAGAGGUUGGGGAAUGGGUUCUGAAAUGUGGAAGGAUAAAAACAUCAAAAAUAGGGAAACUCUGGCACUGAAAAAGGAACAGGGAUCUUCAACACAUUCUCCAACUGAUGAAGUAGUCCAUUCAAAAUCUUUGCCAACUGAAAGCAUUGACGAAAAGCAAUCAAGUGAUACAGCCACAUCUAAGAAUGAGAUGGAAUCUCCUCAAAUUGUUGUAUCCAAGAAGACAUCCAAGCUCUCUUUUGUUUCAGACAAUAAGAAAGCAAAUUAUGCUGCCAUUUACCUUUCCAGGAUUGAUAUCUCAUCUGAUCUUGCGGGUUUGGAGAUGUACCAGAGGUGCUCAUCUCAAAUUGGAAUAUUGGAUAUUAAAGAUGUUGGCAGUUUAACUUCCCAUGGAUGCUUCCAGAUGAAUAAAUAUGGCAACAAAGAGAAAAAUUCUAUUUUGAAGUCAUUCUUUCCCACUGCAAAAGAUGAUAUAUUCAAGAAAGCCAUGUCCGUGUAUCAGAAGAAUAGCAAAAUACUAUGGAUGAAUCAUGCAGUGUUACAGACAGGCAGUUCCAAAGAAACUGAGCCUAAAAAAGCUUCAGAAAAUGAGGCGGCACCGAGUGGAAAUGAUUUGGAUUCCUUGGAGAAGGUAACAGCUAUAUCUGGCGAUGAUGAUUCUGCUAAUAACAUGCUGGUUGACAAUGCCAUUAAAUCUGCUGAGGACUCAAACCUUGGAUCUGCUGUCUCUCCUGGUGCUGUCGAUCCCUAUAAUAAUGGUCCUGAAACUAAUGAGACUGCUUCAGCAGGAGAGGAUACUGCAAGUGUAAGUCGGAUACCUUAUUUUGACGAAAAUACACAUUGAAAGAUAUUAAUUUUCUAGUUAAUGCUAUCGCCCGUCAUGGUUUUUAGUCUUUUA